AUGCGACCUGGCAGCAUCGCGAUGAGCGGAGGGGUUCCUGUAACUGAGGAUAUAUCAGCUGGUGUGGCGCAUCAGAAUCAGCAGCCCCAUACGCGCCCACCGGUGCGAGGUGCCUCGAGUCUGGACAUGGUCGAACGGGCCAUCGCGGUUCUAGAAGACGACGAGCAUCUCAAUGCAGGGUAUGGCUCAAAUCUCACCCUGGACGGCACGGUAGAGUGCGACGCGGCCAUCAUGGGUGCUAGAGACGCGUCAUUUGGAAGCGUAGGCGCUGUAUCGGGCGUAAGGAAUCCAAUUCGACUGGCGAGAUCAAUCCUCGAGCACGCACGCGUCCCAGACAAACUCGGUCGCGUACCGCCACUGACGUUGACAUCCUCGGGCGCAUACAAAUUUGCCGCGAGCAGAGGGAUUGAUGUUGUCCCACCAGAAACACUUAAAACUGCAGGAGCGGAAGCACAAUGGGGGAAAUGGAAGGCGCGGUUAGCAGAACAAGAAGCGGGUGUUGGUCUCGGCGAUAUUCAAGAUACGGUAGGCGCUGUAGCAUACAACUCGGAAGAGGGCAUGGCUGCAGGAGUAUCUAGUGGGGGCCUGUUGCUGAAAUGGCCUGGAAGAGUUGGAGAGGCUGCAAUAUUUGGUGCUGGGUGCUGGGCGAAUCGAAUAAUGGCCUGCAGUGUUUCUGGUACGGGAGAGGAUAUUAUCCGAGAACACAUUGCACGCAAAAUCAGCGAGAUGUACAAUGAAGAGGCUGACCCACAUAAAGUGCUUGACACGGUUCUAAGGGAUUUCUGGGGUACGGGGGUCUAA